AUGAGCAUUGAAGAUGUUAUGCUAGAAGCUUUAAAAGUUGGGUAUCAUAUUGAUGAAAAAACAGUGAAACAGAAUUUCGAUUACUUUAAACAUAAUUUAAAUAUGUGCGUAUGUGCACUUUGUUAAUGUGGAAAUUGUUAAUGCAAGAAUCCCAGAUUUUAAUUGGCAACAUCAUAUCGAAAAAGAUCUCUAACACCAAAGGUAAGUGUUAGAGAUACUCCAAUCACCAUAAGUCGGACUUUUUAUGAGACUUUUGAGAAUUCUUAUAGGUAGAUGUAAGGUUUACCAAACUAAUUUGUUACAAGCAAUUAAAGGUAAUAUAGAGGAUUUAGUUUAACUGGAACUCCAACUAGAUCAACUAAUUCUAGAGUGGCUUAUCAUUCAUCAUUUGAAGGAAGUACCCGAUAUUAAGAGUUCUUUUCAGAAAAGCCUCAAUAAAAGAAUGUAUUGUUCAAGAGACCAUAUGAAAGGCAUACAGGUCCUUUAAAAAUAAGAUAACUAGAAACUUAAAAUUAGAAAGUUUAUUAAAGAUUGAAGAUAGAACCAUAACCUGCAAUUACUAAAUAAAAUUAAAUGGACUAAGUCUUAAAAGUGUAUGCUUAAUUUAUAAAAUAUUAGAAAUUUAUCAAUUCCAAUGAAAACAAUGUAUUAAUCUUCUUUUCGAGAAAUGCCUGAUUUAACUUAAUCAGUGGAUAGAUAAGCAUGCUAAAAGAGAAAACAAGAGGAUUUACAAUGCAUAAAUCAAAUAAUUUUACCUUUUUAAGCCAAAUCAGUUACAAGUUAAUAGUAUCGACAUCAACCACUGUUUGUGUGUCCAGCAAAAUUAUAAAAAUAUUAAUGAAUACUUAUAAUUUUAAUCAAGAGUAAAUCAAGUAAUUUAAAGAGCUCUUUGCUAUGUUCGAUAAGGAUGGAGGAGGAACUAUUUCAACAAAUGAGAUAGGUAAUCUAAUGAAAGAAUGUGGAGAGAAUCCUACGCCAUAAUAAUAGAAAGAAAUGAUAGAAGAAGUUGAUGUUAAUGGAAAUGGAGAAGUGGAUUUUGAUGAAUUUAUUGGUUUAAUGGGUAAAAGAAUGAGAGAAGAAGAAACAAAUGAAGAAUUAAAUUAGGCAUUUGAUGUACUUGAUUUAGAUAAAGAUGGAUUUUUAUCUAAAACAGAUAUAAAAUUAGGUUAAUAGAAAUUACCAGAUAAUGAUUUAGAUGAAUUAUUUCUGAUAGCCGAUUUAGAUAAUAAUGGCAAAUUUAAUAACGAUGAAUUUAUUAGAUUUAUGACUCCUAAAUGA